AAACAUUUUAGCUGCAGUGUUUACUUCCUGUUGAGCACAAGAUAAAUCUUCUUCGAUGGGUUCAAUUCAUCUGGUAUUUCUUGUUGGUGCCUUGGUGUGCCUAAUUACAACAGAUGCAUCAUCUGAUACAUGGCAGUGGCAGUACAUCACGUCCGUCUGCUUCAACGAUGGCGAGAAUGCCACACUGACAUGGAGAGUGACUCUUAACUCUGGGGAAGAAGUUGGACUUGUGUCUAUCUUGCAACAGGCUGUAGCUGGUGGAUCAUCGGUCGAGAUGUAUUCUACGACUUCAGGAAAAGGCUCAGCGUUCAGUGAUCGAGUAAUGUCGGCAUCGUACUCGGGUUCAUCUCUCGUGUAUGAUGUGGUGUUUACACUGAAGGUUAACAACAGCGCGGAUGGAUUCGGCACCUAUGAAAUACAUUGUCGUGUCGCCUCAAAGAACUUCCUUAUUGGGCAGUCUGCAUCAGACACUCUACUCAAAGUGCAGGUUCCACCCAGCAGCGUUAAUAUAACCCCACCGAGUCCUACCGUGACCGAGCGUGACCAAGUGAACCUGACGUGUUCAGCUGAUGGUACUCCUCCACCAACCUUCAAAUGGAUCAGCCCUCAGGGGCACAUCGUAGCACACGGACCGUCCUACACCAUUCCCAUGGUGCAUCGCGACAUGUCAGGGGUCUACACAUGUGUGGUUACUGAUGGAUGUGGACGGAAUCACACCAGAAAUGCGACACUCGUAGUGAGAUAUAAGUCAGAAAACACUACAAUGGUAGCAAAUGCAUCUUCCGUAUGUAUUGGUGGCAUGGCCUUGUUAAAUUGCUCAGCGGCGGGUAAACCAAACAACAUAUCGUACACUCUGUAUCGCAAUGGUACGGAGUUUGCCUCACAAAUGCACGGACUGUUCGUCCUUCCUCUUAACACUCCUGGCGUGAUCAUCUUCACGUGUGUUCCCAGUAACGAGGCGGGAGGUGGGCACAACAAGAGCGUCACCGUCACUGUCAAAGCACCUCCGCGCAUCACGAGUCUGACCCCGUCACAAACUGUUGUAGAGGGAAAUAGUUUUACCAUGCAGUGCGACGCGUCUGGUACAGCGCCUUUGAACAUAGCGGUUUCCCAUCCGAACGGCUCGGUGCUGACCAACUCCGGGAGCUACACGUUCAGUCCUAUCACGAGAAGAGAUGAGGGGACCUACACGUGCACCGUGAACAACGGCAACGAGUGUUUAAAUGGCACAAACACAACGAGUAUAACUAUCAACUAUAAACCAGAGAAAACGUCACUUGACGCAAACUCGUCUUCUGGAUGCGUUGGAGAUAUUAUUUUGUUAAACUGCUCGGCGGCGGGUAAACCAGAAAACAUAUCGUACACUCUGUAUCGCAAUGGUACGGAGUUUGCCUCACAGAUGCACGGACUGUUUGUCCUUCCUCGUAACCUUUCUGGCGUGAGUAUCUUCACGUGUGUUCCCAGUAACGAGGCGGGAGAUGGACACAACAAGAGCGUCACCGUCACAGUCAAAGCGACGGGUAAACCAGAUGACAUCCACUACUCGCUUUUCGUUAACAAGACCCUUUUGAUAGAGAAGUCUAGAGGGGUAUUCAACUUGACGCUAAACACUCUAGGAAAGCAUGAAUACACUUGUGUGCCAAAUAACACAGCAGGAAUUGGUCAGAAUAGCACAAUUAGCAUUGAUGUGCAAGAAAAUAUAAAGUUCGUCAACAUUUCAGCUCCAAUGGUAAAAAGAGGAGUUCCCUUUACCUUGGAGUGUACAACUAAUGUGGUUAGACCUGUCAGCAUCACUUGGUACAAGAACAGCGAAUGGUUUAGCAGCAAUAGAAGUCUUAUAUUUAGCGGGUCGUUGAAUGAUACCGGUUCUUACAGCUGCCUCGCGGAAAGUGCCUGCAACAACACCAAGCAAAGCGAAAGAGUCAAUAUUACUGUAACAUAUGCAAGUCUUAACAAACCUAAUGCCAUCUGCCUUGCCAACGAUGCACUGACAAAUGUUACUGUGGAGAUGAAGACAAACCUUCUCCAACCACCGGUUGUCACGUGCACAACAGGACGGGCAUCGUUGAUAUCGUUCAGUGCUGAUAACAAGAACGCUUCUUACGCCGUACCGCUUAAACGAGGCCAAAACAUCUCCUGCUCAGUUGAAGGUUAUCCACUGGCCAACAUUACUUUCUAUUUGGAUAUCAGGAGAACAAAUCUGAUAAUGUCUUGGAGGAUAAGAAACAAAAAUGCAAUAAAAAAGGAUGGAAAAUGGGAUGUGACUGACAACGACCGCCAACAAAUUGAAAACUUGUGUGAUGCAGCACAAGGCCCCUGUUUCAAUAGAAGCAGUUUGUCGUUCAGGAAUGGAAGUGUCAUCGUAGAUGCGUCGUUCACUCUCACUGGCGAUGUCUCUGACCCCGAGGAAUACUUUAAGAGCGAGUUACUCAAGAAUGCCCCAAACUAUGGCUUGGACAUCGAUCCCAAUAGCGUGCAACCCCUAACAGCAAUACCCUCAAACAACGUCCCCCUUCCUCUGACCACCCAAGCCGCGCCCACCACCGCUGCUACGCCCACUACCGCUGCUACGACCAAGCCUGGAAAGUGUCUGACGGUUGUCGAUGUAAAUGAUCUGAAUUCCACCAUUGUUGGUCUUGCUGUGUUGGUCGCAAUCUUGUUCUUGGUCAUCUUUGGUCUGAUUGGCUACAUCGUGGUGCUGAAAAGAGCAGGUGUAACAGCAAAGAGAGUAAGAUCUGAAGCAGAUAACGCAGGCUACUCUGGAUUCCAGAAUGUAGCGAUGCAAGAAAAUGUCAACCAAGACCGAAACACAAUCCCAGGGAUGGGAGACUAUGAGGUCGCCCCAUCGGAACAUAGGGGACCCACCCCUGACCCCAUUCCACAAUACGAACCAGUGAACAAUACACCAGCACAACCAACCAAUCGUAGUAAUGUCACGCAAUACGAGGAUGUAACGCAAAGGAGCAAUGUCACGCAAUACAAGGAUGUAACGCAAGGGGGCAAUGUCACGCAGUAUGAAGCUAUGAAUAGACAUGCGUCACGUGAUCGGCAUGUGCCAGGCAAUCGCAAGUACGAUUGCGUCGAUAGCACUAGAAUGAGAAGACAGAAUCCACCCGCGAGGAGAGCAAGGAACGACACAGGUGAUCAAGGCGAGCCAGGUUAUGAGAACACAAGAAAACGAGGUUUACCACCUGAAGUGUACCAAUCUUUACAGGCGACGACACAAUACAGCGAGAAUGCGCAGUAUGCCCCACUGCAUCCUGGGACACGCAUUGCGGCCAGGCCUGGUGGUAGGGACGAGAGGGGAGUAGGCACAGACAUAAGAGGGAGUGAGUACCAGGAGUUGCACAGGACUAAAGCCACAGAUCCAUGUUAUCAACGGGUAGGCAGUAGAGUCACUAGCUCAUGAGAUGCUCAUAUCGCGGAUCCAUGUGAUCAAAGGGUAGGCAGUAGAGUUACUAGCACGUGAAAUGCUCAUAUCGAGGAUCCGUGUGAUCAACGGGUAGGCAGUAAAGUCACUAGUGCGUAGGAUGCUCUUAUCGAGGAUCCGUGUGAUCAAAGGGUAGGCAGUAGAGUUAUUAGCGCGUGAAAUGCUCAUACCGAGGAUCCGUGUGAUCAACGGGUAGGCAAUAGAGUCACUAGCGGGUAAGAUGCUCAUAUCGUGGAUCCAUGUGAUCAAAGGGUAGGCAGUAGAGUCACUAGCGCAUAAGAUGCUCAUAUCGCGGAUCCAUGUUAUCAACGGGUAGGCAGUAGAGUCACUAGCGCGUAGGAUGCUC